CCCGAGAGCGCCCAGAUCCAGAGGGCCCAGAUGGCUGCCUUGGCCGCGAUGCGGGCCGCGGCCGCCGGCCUCAGCCAGUCGUCCAGCCCAGUGAUGUCGGAGGAAGAGGAGCAGGAGGAAGAGGAGGAGGACGAGGAGAGCCGGUCCUCAGGUGGUGAAGACGGGGAGCCUGGAGGAGGCGUGGAGGAGGAGGAGGAGGAGGAAGAGCGUGGCCCCUACCUGCGGGAGAUGGGCUCGGAAAGCGAAAUGAAGGGCAGAUGGGACGAGGAAGACUUUGAGGACGACCUGGGCGAGGAAGACGAGGAGGAAGAGGAAGACUACGAAGAGGAGGACGAGAUGGGGGAGGAAGGGCCCGGCCUUGGGGAGGCAGCUCGCUCCAGCCCAGACCCCGCUCUUCUCCGCAAGCAUCCGGGUCCUCAGCAGUACCGAAGGGAGCCCCUGAGGCUCCCGGGGGCCCCCGAGCGGCUCUCUUCCGGGGCCACAGCCCCUCCAGGCCUCUCCCAGUUGCCACCUCAGGUCCUCGAUCACGGAGACUGGACGUACGAGGAGCAGUUCAAGCAGUUGUACGAACUUGACGGGGACCCCAAAAGGAAAGAGUUCCUGGAUGACCUUUUCAGUUUUAUGCAGAAACGAGGGACCCCCGUGAACAGGAUCCCGAUCAUGGCCAAGCAGGUCCUGGACCUCUUCAUGCUCUACGUCCUGGUGACCGAGAAGGGCGGCCUGGUGGAGGUCAUCAACAAGAAGCUCUGGCGGGAGAUCACCAAGGGGCUGAAGCUGCCCACCUCCAUCACCAGUGCCGCCUUCACCCUCCGCACCCAGUACAUGAAGCCCCUGUAUCCGUACGAGUGCGAGAAGCGGGGUUUGAGCAGCCCCAAUGAGCUCCAGGCCGCCAUCGACAGCAACCGCCGAGAGGGGCGCCGGCAGGGGUUCAGCGGCUCCAUCUUCAGCUACUCGCCGAGCAACCCCCAUGGCCUGCUCCCUUCCCCGAAGCUGCAGGUGCCGGCCUUGGGCCUGCCCUCGGCCACCAACGGCAGCCCCAUCGCCCCGGUGGCCAAGAUCAAGAAAGAGGAGGAUUCGGCCAUCCCAAUCGCGGUNGGGGGCUCCGAGGAGCCGCCGCAGCGCCUGAUGCAGAGGGCCCUCCAGCAGAACCUCCUGGCCAUGACGGCCCAGCUGCCGAUGAGCAUCCGCAUCAAUAGCCAAGAAAACCGCCAAGACACAGCCGGGAACUCAGCGCCAGCCAACGGAACCAACAGCAUCAGCAUGUCGGUCGAGAUCAAUGGCAUCGUUUAUACAGGGGUGCUUUUUGCCCAGACGCCGGCAGCCUUCCCCUCCCUCAACAAAGGAAACGCCAACAGCGGGCAGAGUUCGGGCGGCGGUAGCAGUAGCAGUGGGGGCACCAGCAGCACAGCGAGCGGGGCAGCCGUGGCUCCGCCGGGUGGUUUGCCCGCAGCACCAGCUUCUACCUCAACCAACUCCUCAUCGCCUUAAAGCCCACCGCUCUUCCUCCCUCCCUCCCUUUGCAGUUCAGGCGACGCAUUCAUUCAGAAGAGGCCCUCUUGGGAUGCUCGCUUCCUCCUUCCCUUCCUUCCUUCCUUCCAGACCCUUUUUCCCUGGCGGUGGAGGCACCUCGUGCCUCCCUCCUUCCUUCCCUCCCCUUCUGACACCCUCCAAGCCCAUGGGACCCAAAAGGCAAUUCCAGACGGCGAUUUUGUGGGGCCGGAGAGGUUGAGCGAUCUGUUUUCCCCACACGCACGAUAGGGGCACCCACUCAGGGUGGGCGAUGAGGGUGUCAGAAGUGGGCCUGGUGGUGUAAAAAGGGUGCAAGCUGCUUCCCAGCCCACCCCUACACCCCGCUUCCCCCCCCCGCGCACUGUGCCAGGGAGCUGUCAGCGCCCAGGAAGGUCCAGACGGGACGGGAGAGGUGGCUUCUGCGUGGCUUUUACCAAAUAACCACAACAAACUUUUGACACUCAUUUUCCAGUGCAGGUUGUGUGUUUGUGUGUGUGUGUGUCUUCAGCUACGGAUCUCUUCCUUGAGGGAGUGUGUGGGCCUGUUUCCUUCAAACAAAUACAUUGGAAGAAGAAGAAGAAGAAACGAGAAGAGCUUUUUAACCAGGGCGAAAGGGGGGUGUGUGUGGCGGGGGAGAGGUGGUUGUUAAAUUCUGAGCCAGAUAAAACACUGUGCCGUUUCAGCUUUCUGACGUGAUGCAUUGUAGACCCGGAACGUCUUACCUCAUGCAAAUCCCACGCUUUGCACUGUGCGUGUCUCUAGAUCCUUUUUUAAAUUAUUAUUAUUAUAAUAUUAUUAUUAUUUUGAUACCUCCAGACAGGAAGAUUUUGGUGGUGGCGGGUGUGGACAGGCUAGCGCUGGGAAGGAGACAGAAAUAAAGAAUAACGGAGCAAUUAAGGUAGUGGGUGGCGGUGAUAGCUCUAUUCUUUUGUGUGUGUUUUUU